UUGACUCGACGUGCCGAAGCCGACCGUCCGUAUUGCCUACUCGAUUUUAUUCGCGCGCGUGUAAUCGACAACACGCUUGGACAUCACUCUGUGUCUAUGGCUCUCCUUGACAGUUCAUAUUUUUAGCGUUGUCGUAUCGUAUUUAUACUCGAAUAAACACAAGUUUUAAUAAACUUUUCAUAAGUAAAAGCAAACUCGUUUUACCCUGAAUAAUUAUUGGAUGAUAAGUUAGUAUAUGUAUAAAAACAAAAUAUUAAAACGCGAUUCAAGGAACAUUCUCUGGACUAUCUGAAAAUUCUACCAACGAACAGGUGUUAUUGAAUGACUGUGUGUUAGAGUUCCCAUCGUAAUUAUUUAUUUAUGGUGAUGUGAAUAAUACAAGUGUGUUGAUCGAUCCAAAUACAGAAAAACGCAAGUGUGUUAAGCCGUAAGAUAUAGAAAAUAGAAAAGUGUCAAAGAAUAUAAACAGGCCUAAACUUGGUCCUGACAAGAAAGACGCUAACAGCUUCAGGAUUUUGUUUACAUGAUGUUUUUUGGUUCUAAACUAACAUUAUAUCGGCAAAGAUAAGGAUUCAAAAGAGGCGCCAUGUGCAGAUGUUAUCAUAGUUUAUAUAUUAUAAUGUUUAAAUCAAGGUGAGAGUACGCCGUGGCGAGCAUGCCUCACCAGUACGGCGCGGGCGCGGGUGGUAUGGGCGGGGGUCCACCGUCGCCGCCGCCGCAACACGGCGCGCUGUACCCGCGCUACGCCGCCGCCGCGGGCCCCGGCGCCGGCGCCUACCGCCCUGAAGAGCGUCGAUUAACUCGAGAAGCUAUGGAGCGAUACCUUCGCGACCGCUCUGACAUGGUCGUAGUCAUUUUACAUGCUAAAGUUGCUCAAAAAUCUUAUGGAAAUGAGAAGCGUUUCUUCUGCCCUCCACCAUGUAUAUAUUUAUUUGGUGACGGCUGGCGGCUUCGGCGUGAGCGUAUGUUACGGGAGGGUGAGACUGAGCAGGCAUCUCAGUUAUGUGCAUUUAUUGGCAUUGGCAACUCUGACCAAGAUAUGCAGCAGCUGGACCUAAAUAAUGGCAAGCAAUAUUGUGCUGCGAAGACAUUGUACAUAUCAGACUCGGACAAACGUAAACAUUUCAUGCUCUCUGUUAAAAUGUUUUAUGGUAAUGGUCAUGAUAUUGGUAUUUUUAAUAGUAAAAGAAUAAAAGUAAUAUCAAAACCAUCAAAAAAGAAACAAUCACUAAAAAAUGCUGAUUUGUGUAUUGCUAGUGGAACCAAGGUAGCUCUAUUUAAUAGACUAAGAUCACAAACUGUAUCGACAAGGUAUCUCCAUGUUGAAAAUGGAAACUUCCAUGCUUCAUCCACCCAGUGGGGAGCAUUUACGAUUCAUUUGCUCGAUGAUAAUGAAAGUGAAUCAGAGGAGUUUGCAGUGAGGGAUGGAUAUGUACACUAUGGUUCGACUGUGAAACUUGUAUGUUCGGUGACAGGGAUGGCUUUACCUAGGCUUAUUAUUCGUAAGGUUGACAAACAAAUGGCUCUUCUAGAAGCAGAUGACCCUGUGUCACAGCUCCAUAAAUGUGCCUUCUACAUGAAAGACACAGAACGCAUGUAUCUGUGUCUUUCCCAAGAGAGAAUCAUACAGUUCCAAGCCACUCCAUGCCCGAAAGAGCCAAAUAAAGAGAUGAUUAAUGAUGGAGCCUGUUGGACAAUCAUAUCCACGGAUAAGGCAGAAUACCAGUUUUAUGAAGGAAUGGGUCCAGUGAGGUCACCCGUAACACCAGUUCCGUUGGUUCACUCGCUGAACCUUAACGGCGGAGGUGAUGUUGCGAUGUUAGAGUUGGCUGGUGAUAAUUUCACACCAUCAUUGCAAGUCUGGUUCGGGGACGUGGAGGCGGAGACGAUGUACCGUUGCGCUGAGUCCAUGCUGUGUGUCGUGCCGGACAUCUCGCAAUUUAGGGGACAGUGGCUCUGGGUUCGACAACCAACACAGAAGACUUCAUUCCAGGUACCCGUGUCACUCGUGAGGAACGACGGCAUCAUCUACGCGACGGGCCUGACGUUCACGUACACGCCGGAGCCCGGGCCGCGGCCCACGUGCCCGCCCGUCGAUGACGUCAUGCGGCCCGACGCCUGGCACGACGCGCACCGCCUGCCCGACGCGCUGCAGUAGCACGUACGUCACCUGUCAUACCGCGAUAGUCGUCACGCGAAAAUAAUCCAUAUCGUCUCUGGGGUUGCCAACUUUAACUCGAAUAUGAAUAUAUUAAAAUGCAAUAACAAAGCAUUUUUUUCAUUUUUAUAAACGUUUCAAUUUAAUAUAGUGGUAUUAAACAGCAAAUUAUUGUUUUAUAUUCGAGUUAAUGAGCUGAUAAUCCGAGGUUGAUAGGAUGUUUCUCUCUUAAAGACCAAAGACGUGGACUUCGGCGAAUUUAAACGAAUUGAGAAAAGUGGUCUGAGCGAUCCUUAUAAGUUUCGAUAGUGCCUGCUAAAGUAACAUGUUCCUCGAUGACCGCUCUAAUAAAUUCAAUUCUAUUCCUAGAAACUUGGCGAGUAUUUAGAUGAAAUCAUUUGAGCUUACUGACGAUUAUUAUAUUUGUAUAUGGAAAGCAAUAUUAGUCUUAACAUGUACCUUUUAUAAUUUAAAAGAAAACUAUUACUUUUAUACAAUAAGGUCGAUUCUUGUGUGAAUGAAACUGGUUUUUUUUUUCCAAUUAAAAAAAUAUAAAUGGUCUCGUCCGAACAUGUUACAAUCGUCAUCGAAAUCUUCAUAAACGAACCGCUUGUUUGAUUUUGUAUAAAAAUAUUUUGUAAAAUACAAAGUGUGCCUAAAAUAAUUAAGUAGAUAUUGAAUAUGUAUGCCGAGAUUAUAACACCAAAAUGCUAUUAGGUUAUGGUAGCAAUUUUUAUAAUAUGCUUUGUGAAAUAUGUCACUAUUUUUUAAUUUAAUUGUAUAAUUUUAUGUGGCCAAGAUCCAAUGUUUUUAUUUAAAUGCAAUUGGAUUAUUAUGAUUAGAGUUUUAUUAUAAAUGUUUAUUUCUAUUGAAAUUUCAUAAAUUAAUUACAGGCAUAGGGUAGUUCCUAAUUCGGCGCGAGAUUUGCGCCAUAUUGAAAUGAAAAAAAGAAAUUAAUAAGAGAUCUCUCUGCUCUUGAAUUUAUUUCUUCGGGGCCAAAUAGCUGUAAAAUCCAUGACGAGUCAUUGUGUUUAUUAUAUUGCUAUUAAGUAUCCGUAGGAUUUAUAUGUUUUUGAAAAUUGGACUUUAAGUCAUAUUGAAUAGAGUGAUGAUUCAUUUGAAUGUUGAAUUAAUUAAAAGGCAUCUACAAAUUUCGGGAGAUAUUAGAUUAUGUAAAAUACGUAAAAAUUAUCAAAGAUUUAUUUUAAUCGAGUUUGUAAACAUUUAGAGAAUUUAUUCUUUUCUACUUAAUCACCUCACUGACGGCGGAAUACGAUUAUGCAUCUACCGUCACUGUAUGUAUGUACAUUACUAUUACAGGCAAUCUAAUGAACAAAGUAGAUAAGUAGCUAGACAUAGCACAUCUUAUAAUUUUAAUGAAACAUAACUGUUUGAAAUUAUAUUUAUUUAAUUGCGAUUUUUUUGUACAAUUUGUUUGGUGAAAUUUGAUGUGUAUAUUAAAAAGUGUGAUUUCGAACAUUCCACAUGGAAAGUGUAAUAAGUACAAAAGAGUAUAAUAUUUUUAUAUAAAGAAAACAUAAGCGAAAUUGUUUUA